AUGUCUGGAUUGAUUUACCACAUAUUCACAUCAUCAACAUUACUCUCAAUGGGACUUUACCACUUAAUCUGCACCACAAGAAAUCAUCUAAGAUCCCCUAGAGAUUACUUCACAAAACCAUAUCAUCAAAUCACAUGGAAUUCUCAAUCUCAAUCUCAACAUAUCACAAGGUACCUUCAAAUCUACCUCUUAAUCCUCUGUCUUCUCAUCUCCUUCAUCCAUCAAACCACAAUCUCAUUCGAUUCAGACCCUUUAGUCAAAGGUCGUUCCCCUGUUCAUCACUUCACCUCUCUCCAAUCCGCAGGUGUUAUUUUCCUCUUUCUCAUUCUCUCUCUAACUCUACUCAUCUCAGAAACCACCUCUCUCCUCCCUUUCCCACCGGAUCUCUUCUUUGGAACUGCAUCUGCUCUCUUCUUCCUUCAAUACUCCACUUCUUCAUCUUCAGCCUCCUUACAAAUGUCAGAUCUUGAAGCAAAAUGUGACUCAGUUUCAGCCAUGAUUUCAGCUAUCUCUGCUGUGCUCUGUAUCAUACUCGCAUGCCACCCGAGACUCUUUGUUGCUGACGUGGCACUUGGGGCUUCGAUUUGUUUACAGGGGUUAUGGUCUUUGCAAACAGGGCUUUCUCUUUAUGUGGAUGCUUUUAUACCAGAUGGAUGCCAUAAGCUUCUUGAUGUUGUGAGUGGAGUUGAAGGGUCAACAAAAUGUGAUCUUGAAGAUUCUAAGUUGAGAGCUACUGCGAUUCUUGAUCUUGUGUUUGUGGUUUAUGUGUUGUUUGUGGUUCUGAUUUUGAUUGUGACUUAUGCUGUGACUGCUAAAGUUGUUGGAGUUAGGAGAUUUGGGAGUUAUGAGGCGAUUCCAACAUCAUCUGGAUCUUCUGUUGCUGAUCCUAAUCAUAUUCAGAUGAAGGCAAUGACUGGAACUCAAGCUUGA